AUGAACAACUCCAGCACCACCACCACCACCACACCCCCACAGUACCAUUUCGGGCGUGGAUCUUGGUCGGAUGUGGCCUCCUGGCUUAGGGGGGGGGUCGAUCUACAUGAAGAUCUGCGCCUACACUUUGCCUGUGCAGGCAGGGUGGUAGACAAUUCCCGUCUCCCGAUGCACCUUUCGAGCAGAACCUCCACGACGCUUCCCAAUGCGACCAGCAGCAGCUCGUGGAUGCUCUUGGCCAUGGCUGGAACUAGUCGCCGAGACACGCAGCUCGAGCUCACUGGCGAUGGGUUCAAGAUCGAAGGAGGAGCAGGAGUGGGAGGGGGAAGAGAAGGAUGGUCAGAGGGAUGA